GAAGAAGAGCGCAGCCUCCCAGAAAACAUGGCGCGGGCUGUGUGUUGGUUCGAGCACCUGAGCGGAAUCGGCAGGUAACGGCGGUGUCAUCGCACGGCUCGAGCCGAACGGUUCCCGCAGGACGGUUGUGGAGGAAGGACAGCGCAGGGACCGCGGUGACGAUGAGCGACAGCCCCGCGACAGCCCGUCCGAGGAGGGUGUCCGCUGCCGCGGAGCUCGGCGCCAACGCUGGCCCUCAAGAUGGCGAGGUGGUCGAGGCGCAUCCUCGAACCGAGGCGCCCGCUGGUCCCGACCGGGCGGGCGCCGCUGCGGCGAGGAUGGACAGGAGGAACUCGGUGCCGCCGCUGUUCCACCAGCGACACAUGCCGAAGGAGCCGCUGAAGUUUCACAUCCCGAGGAAAACAAAGGACAACAGAGCUCUGUUCCAGUAUGUCUCCACUGAAUCCAGAGAGUAUGAAGACAUGCUGACUAUCCUGACCUCUAGCUUCAUUGACCCAAGCUCUGCUGGCUGCUUCACCUACUGCCAGCCUCGCCUGGUCCACUGCGACCUGCUGGAGAAAGAGUUUGUAGAGAAGAGGAGGGAGAUGAAGGCAGAGGGGAGGACGGAUAAGGAGCUGGAGGAGAGUUACUGUUUCUUGCAAAGUGAUACUGAUAAGUUGCAUCCGCUCUGUGAGAAAGGGCUGAUUGUGGGUCACAGCUGGAUCACGGUGCUGGGAAACCCCAAGAAAGGAGUGUAUUUGUGCAGGUUCUCUGACCUGCUGCAAAUGAACGCCCUCAAUCCUGGAUCCACAGGGGAGCUCAUCAUAUUCAAAGUGAUGAAGGGGAAAGUGAAGAGCAUUUAUGAAAACAUGAAGAACCUCCUAGAUCCAACGCCUCGCUUCGACAGCCACAUCUCCAAGAAUUCCUGCAAAGUAACUUCGCUCAGCUCCUACAGAGCCUUCGAACUCACACAGCAAUACUUCUAUGAAUACAUAUUUGACGAGCUGCGGCAGCGCCCUCGUCAGGUUUGUCCAUAUGCCGUCGUCUCUUUCCACUUCAAGGGAAAAGACUCUUCACUUCCCAGCAAACCUCUGGCGCCCCUUUCUCUACCUGUUUUGACGCACAGGUUGAACAGUCAGUCGUCAGAAGCGAGUAAAGAACGAGCUCCGUACACGGUGUGGACUGGAGAUCUGGUCCGAGGCGACCGGGUCCUCUUCCAGAUCUCCUUUCGCUCCUUCUCUCCUCCUUUGCUGCCUCACAGAAUACCAGAGAAGUUGGAAAUCGGUUGUUUGAUGAGACUCGACCAGGUGACCAAGGUGGUUCCCUCCGUUCUGUUCUCAUACAACCUUUACAACAACAGCCAAGAAGUGGUGACGAAUGGGUACUGCUGUAGUCUUCUGGAGGUGAUUGACAGAUGUCGGCCAACGACCAGUGUCACGAAGCUUCUGCAAGAACUGGAGUUAAAAAAUGUGGUUCUGGUUACUCAGCUGACGGAGAGAGGGUUUCUCUUCCUCCUCUCCAGUGUUCAGAUGGCCACACCCACUGAGAGAGGAGACAACUGGAAGAGGUGUCUUCAGGCCCUGUUUGUAUUCCCCGAGUCCAGAGCUGUGGUCAGAUCCACAUCGCAGUGUGCCUCCUCCUUCCCUGAUGCCACUCAGUCAUCCCCAGCCGGUGCCGCGGUGAUGCCGAGGCUGAGCCGUUUCAUCCCAGCGCUGCACCACGCCCUCAUCAAGGCCCGCGCCAACCCCCCCCCUGAGCUGUCCGCUGGCGUGGAGCAUCAGGUGCGGGAGUACUUAAUGGGACUGAACGAUGGCAAGGUUCGACAGUACCCAAUGGGCGAGUAUGACUCCAAACUGGAUGAGCGAGGAACGGUGUUUCCUGCCCCCAGACACCACCGGGUCAACUUGGACGGAUACCUGCGCUCGUACCUGUACAGCCCCACCUUCUACCUGCUGUCUGUGGCCUGUGCCAGGACGAUGAUGGAGGCUCACUGUGGUUCUGAGGAGCAACAGGAGAUUCAGCAGCUGAUUGACCACAUUCUGACCUGUAAGAGGAACGCAGAAAAUGAGGUGAACAGGGAGGAAUCGAGGCAGAAGGCACCAGGGCGGAAGAGAAGGUUGGAACAGGAAACGGCAGAGAGGACGCUGAAAUUCCUGCGGGCAUCGCAAGCGCCAGGGAGACAGACGAAGGUUCCAGUGGAGGGAAGUCACGUCUCAGCCUCUCCUGGGUCUCUUGAGUCUGUCGUCAGCUCUGUUGGCUUGAGGUUCAUUGAUCUAAAGGAUGAUGGAUCUGAACUGGCUGCCAGGCUUCUCAGUUUGCUGACGGGCCUGAGCCAGGCUGCCAGUGGUGUCACCACUCAGAGUCUGGGGGAGGGGCAGGACGACGGGCAGAGGGAGUCUCCGUUCGAGAAGCUGGCCACCAAACUGGGUCUGCCCACAAACUGUGACAUCGACCUGAGGAGGCAGGAGGACCUGGAGGAACAAACAGGCAGCAUUAGUAGUUUGGAGGGAUUCAGCCCCAGCUCCCACAGCGGAGAGACAAAUCACCAUGGAGCAGCGCGAGCAGGAGGACGAGGGAGGAGAGCAGGAGCACACGAGGAGGAGGACGAAGAGUGUCAGAUCCCGUGGGUCCUAAUCCCCAUAACAGGUCUGUGUUCGGAGCGCUACACCCACAGAGACCGAAACAUCCCUCAGGACCCUCGUUUCCAGCACCUUGCCACAGCAACAAGCGUCGCCACAGCAACCAAACCUAUGAGGAGGAGCCCCACCCCGUCCCCACAGCCCAGCCCACCUCCCUCCCCUUUCCAGUGUCCGUCCCCUGAGCCCAGCCCUGCUCCCUCACCCUCCCAGUGCCCGUCUCCCGACCCAAGCCCUACCCCUUCACCCUCCCAGUGCCCGUCUCCAGAGCCCAGUUCUCCCCCCUCACCGUCUGAAGUCCUGUCCCCGGAGCCAAGUCCUCCAACAUCUACCCCUAAAUGCCCAUCUCCACAGCCCAGUCCUUUUUCUUUCUCCCAAUAUCCCCCUCCCCCCUCCUCUAUCCGUUGCCAGCCCCUGACGCCUAAUGAGCUCAAUCCACUUAACAAGGAGAAGAAGCACUUAGCCCCCACAGUCCCCAGGGAGUUCACAGCAGUGUCCAUGCACAGACAUGAGAAACCUCAGGGAAAAGAAAAGAAUGAAGAGCCAUCUACACUAGCCUCCAUCCGUCCAUGUGCUCCUCCAGCUCCAGAGAGGAGGAGCUCCUCACCCCCACUGACUGAGCGCAGAAAGGAGAAUGCACGGGAGGUGGACGAUGCACAGCGGGAGUUAAAAUGCCAAGAUGAGGCCAGAAAUGCUAGGAACAAUGUGAAAGUUUCAGAUUUCAGAGGUGAAAGGGUUUGUGAAAAGCAGCAGCAGGAGGAACGAGCAAAGGACGUCGGAGGAGCAUCUGUGUUCGCUUCAUCUGUCUCCUCCUCUGCGUUUUCGGUCAGAGCUAUUGACAGCCUUGUGGACAAACAUCUCGGUGACUUCUCCUCUGAGGUACAGCUCCUCCUUCAGGAGCAGAGCAUUCACUAUAAUGUCCCGCAGUCUCCACACUCCACCUCCAACCCAGAAACCAGCGAGCAUCAACGCGUGCCCCCACAUGCCUCCAUAUCACAGUUUUCCCAGUACGUGUCUUUCUACAACCCCUGCCCCCCCGUCCAGGACUACGUCCAUUCACUGCAGAGCAGCAUUAGCAGCAUGCUAACGGAGUUUGAGAGGAGGCCAAGCCUCAACGCAGACGACGGCCAGAAGGAUGCAGAUGCUGUGCUGGCGAGCAGCGUCAGUGCUUUCGUAGCCGGCAUCCGCUCGGCUAAUGCUGCUACGGACAACGAUGAGGACAUUUCUGCAAGCAGUGAACUCACGGCUGCUGAUGUCAACGCUUCAGACAGACAGACGCCUGCGCCUGCUGGUGUGACUUUACCUGUUCCCUCCUCUGCGACUGCUCCCCCCCUCCCUCCUGCACAGACCACGCCUCUACUGCCCCACUGGCAGCCGCAGCAGAGCGGCAGGUUAGAGAUCAGCAGGACGGUCACUCAGGAUGUUGGGCAAAGUCAAGGCAACAGCACCGUAAGGACUGCACAUUGUACUAGCGGUGCAGACGCUGGGAGCACUGCUGCAAGUUCAAAGUGCGACGCAGCUUUGCCAAAGGCCGGCAUCGUCUCCAAGCACUCUGCAGAAGCACCUCAGUCCUCUGAGCCGGUCUCCAGCUCGGCAUCUGGGCCGUUCCCUGGGAAUGGCACAAAUCUCGUUCCCCCACCCACGGCCCUGAGCUCCCUGAUCAGCCAGCUGCAGCCAGAGGUGUUCAGCAGCCUGGUGGAGAUCAUCAAAGACGUCAAGAGGAAUUCCCUGCAGUUCUACCUGCACAGCACAGAGCCAGAGGACCCGUUCUACGAAGAUGUCACGGAACUCCUCCUGAAGCAGGGGAACACGGAGCUGAAUCCUUUGGCUUUUCUGAGCCAGGAAACCUCUGACGACAGACUGCUGGUCAUCAUUAGGAACAAAGACAUAUCUGGACACAUACACAAGAUCCCAGGCCUGAUGUCCCUGAAGCGACAUCACUCUGUGGUGUUUGUGGGAAUCGAUGCCCUGGAUGAUAUCCGGAACAACAGCUACAUUGAGCUCUUUGUGUCUGGAGGCUGCAUCGUCUCAGAUGAGCUGGUCCUCAGUCCUGACUUCAUCACACAUGAUCGACUAGCUUCACUGCUGAUGUUCCUGGAGCAGCACAGUUCUCCAGAAUGUGUUUGGAAGUGGAAGGUUCACUGCAAGACCCACAGGAAAUUAAAGGAACAGGCCAGGUUCAGGAAAGAUGCAGCCAACCUAUUGGAUGUGCUGUCCACCUACCAGAAGCGGCAGAUCGUGGAGUUCCUCCCGUAUCAUCACUGCGACAUGAUGAAUCACCAGUCACCCGACCUGGACUGUCUCAUUGAGCUCCAGGGCCGCUACACACAGUACCGUCACACAGUCUUCCUCACUGAGCAUCAGUUUGAGAAGUUCGCUGCCUAUUCUGGUAACGGCAUCAUUGUGGCCAGUAUUAAAGAAAUUCUGCACGACUUCACCAGACUGGUUGGUUACCGUGAAAUCAAGGACAAGCAGCAAAUCACGGAUGAGCUGCUGGCUCCUAAAGAACACAUUAGUUCCCUGUCAUGUUGUGACCAACCUCUACAGCCUGCCUCUGGCCUCCCGUCCCUCCCCCAUCUCUCUGACCAGCUCGUUCCAGAUGGCUCCAGUAAGGAUCCUGUACCACGACAUUCAGACACAGACUUUGAAGCUUUGCGACAGGCCAUCUCACAGCUGCGGGCCGAGCGGCAGCGGCAGCAGCAACAUCCGACUGACUCCCAAAUCGAUUGUGUCAUUACCCCCCUCAAAAAUCACCUUCCAGAUCCUGGUCCGGUAGUUAGUGGUUCCACUGUCCCUCCCUCAAGUCAGGUCCUUCCCACUGAGUCAGUCCAGCUCACUCAUGGCAGAAAAGCAGUAGCAGCCACUCUGGACUCGAUCUACUCAUCACUGCAUCCAAAACCAGAGGUCCAGGAGGAAGCGAGCGGUAGAAUGACACCUCCUGCUGAGAUGCAGAGAAAAGCAGACGCAGCAAAGACUAAAGAUCAGGGAGAUGGAACGCCAGUAAAAGCCUUGGGAGUUCAUGAGACAUGUAACAGUGACGUCUCUACUCCUCUGUCCAUUCAAACCACAGCUGCUGUGGCAGGUCCAGCUAAUAACCAGCCAGACUCGACCAGCGACAGAACAGAAAAGGUGGAGCAGCAAGGAGAACCAGCAUCUCCCAACACCACCAAACAUAGUGAAGCCUCCUCCAAUACUGCCAGCUGUUCUGCAGGGGGGGGCAAGCCGAGAAAUGCACUUUCAGGCCGCGAGCAGCCCUCAAGAGCGGAAACAGCAACACCUGAAAACAAGCCCAAAGGAAGCAUCACCAUGGCAACGGGCCAGAAUGACAACUCAAAUCCAGUUUUGCCCCGUUUGCAGCCGAUCACACAACAUCUGCAGCUCCACAACCAGCAGCAGCAGCAGCAGCAUAUAAAUGAGCAACUUCAUAUCCCGCAGAGACACUCACACCAUCAACAUCUGCCUCAGCAGCCGUGGGGGAUGAGUCUCCUGCAGCCCCCACACAUAGCCCACCUCCCCAGACAGCCCUUCCCCCCGGGCCACAUGCUGGCGCCCCUCUCCUCUCUGGGAGGCAUAAGGAGCCUCUUGGGCCCCACAUCUGUCUGGACAGGGGGUCUGAGCCCUGCAGGCGCUCUGGUCUGGGGAAUUCCCCAAGCUGGCACGAGCGCUAACAUGCUGAGGGGCUACCGCAACCCUGCGGGUCAGGGCAGCGGCAGGUACAGAGGGGGGCAGCGAGGAGGAGGCUUUAAUGGGAUGUAGAGACCUGUAUCAGUCUAUGCUCCCAGACUCAGGAUCAUAAAUUAAUUUUUACACCUGAUUGACUUCACAGUCUCUGCCAUUUUAGAGGUUUAGUUACAAAAGGAAUGUAGAAAAUCCAAAGUCAUCAACUGGUAAAAGAAAUGUGCAAAACAAUUUUUAUUUAUAUGGGUUUCAAUUGACAGAAAGAAGAGAUUCAGUUUGUAAAUGCUAAAACUGAGUGAACAAGAGGAAGUAAUGUUACCUAUUUUUGUGUAAUGUACCAGAAACUGGAUUUAGUUUGACAGAAAGAAAAGUCAAAAUAUUGACUUAACAGUGAGGCUGCAGCAACGGGCCUAAUGCAUCAAACCAUCAGAGGAGAACGAGCUUCUCCUUUGCAUUUAACUGAAACAAAUAACUGUGUUACUAAUGUGAUAAAGACAAAUGUGUGUUUCCAUUUCAGAGACUUCAACCUUGAAGAAUUAUUCCCUUAUGUAAUUUUCUAAUAUUUGCUUCCUCCAGAGUGAAUUUUGUUUAGUCAUUUUAAAAAAAGGCCUUCCAGUGACUUUGUGUUUUCAACAUUCCCGUUUUUUACACACAUCCAGCAUUCUCAGAAUCCGGUUCUGGGAAGUGUAGUGUGACAGAUCUGGAUCGGGGCCUGGUCCUACAUAAGCGUGAAGCCUCAGAACAUGACGCUUAAAGCCCCAGAGUCAGAUGCACUGUUAGAUGUAAUGUGUGAACCUGCUCACACAGCUAACCUGUUGGCAGCUGUUGGAAUAAACCCACUGGAGCCACAACCUGCUGGUGUAUUAGCCCUUGUUAAUAUAUAAAACAUGGAAGGAAGAUGCCAUAAAUCACUGUGUGGGAGAUUUUGUCUCUUUCCAAAGUGGAAGUUCAUCUAACUCAGACUGAAACCAACUGUACAUAUGUCGAUUUGUGGGUGAUUUUCAAACCAGCGUCAACUAAACAAAUGUUGAUGUGAGUUCAUCUGUCGUUACAUUAAACCAGUUUUGAUACUGUACAAACACGAGCUUGGACUGAAAUGUUGAGACUUGUUUACUGACGACAUCUUCGACCCUUAAAGGACUUUUUCUGGAUGGAUGAAAGGAUGUUUUUGCGUCGUCCUCUUUAUAAAGGAGAUUACAUUCAUCCUGAACUGAAGACGCACAGACUGCCUCACGUCUUCCUGUGGUUGUACAAUAGUUCUGACUGAAUGUUUGGUUUGGUAUCGGAAGGCGGUUUGGUUCAUUGUUUUAUGUAGAAAGUCACUCUGUAAAGACCGAUUUUAACUUAAUCUUUUUUAUGUUGUUUUUUUUACAUCAGAGUUCUUGGUUUUCUUUUUUAUUAAACUUCUCUGCAAAAC